CAUAACGGAGAGCGACCACGCCCGUGGGUGUGUUGGAACAAACACUGUGUCAGAGCAACCAGAGAAGGAGGGCGGGCUCUCUAUUCCACCAAAGGCUCAGGAAGAGGGGAACUUGGAAAACUCUUUCUCAACGGUGAUCGACUCUAAAAAAAAGCCAAGAUGCCAGAGAACGCAGAGGCUGUUUCAGCCACUUUCAACACUAACAGAAACUGCACAAUGGAAAUCUCCAAUCUCAGCAGCCACUACUGCCUCAUUAACCCUAAGGUCUACAUGGCCAGCGGUUUCAGCUACCACCCGCCGCAACCCACCGUCCGGACGGGCAAGACGGAGGUGUGCUCCUUCGACAAGGACGACAACAGCGCCACGGGGGCCGUGGGCCUGCUGACCUACGACCUCUUCCACAUGCGGGACCGCACCGCCGCGCACCGCGCCGCCCUCAUGUUCUCCGUGCCCUUCGACCACAACCUCUACAAGAACCGGCUGGCGGUGGGCGUGGUCGAGGCGUCGCGGGCCUGCGACAAGGCCCUGUACGAGACCAUGUACGGCGGGAAGGACCUGAGCAUGUGCGCCAGCUCCGAAGCCGACGGCAGCGGGAUGGCUUACAAGACGGGGCAGGUGGAGCUCAGGGCCACCAUGUCCUCCAUCGGCAAGGCCAUCGUGAAGGUGGAGCUCUAUGACAAAAUGACAAACUAGAAGAGAUGUCACGGAAAAGUACUCGAGUUCUGCAUUGUUGUUAAAGGUGACGUGUUAAACCACCAGGUGUGAGUGUGAUUAGCCAUUACAAGCCAUUCGGAAAAUCGUUUAAUAUGUCACCUUAAAAACACAAUCGGUGGGAUAUGGGAUAUAUACCGAUCCUUUAAAGUGUCCGGACCGCAGACGGCAUGCUCGCUGUUUUUUAAGGGGUGGUGCAACAGGUGGCUUCAUAUCAAUCAGAAAGUCUUUGUGUUCUCCGUCGGCUUUUAAAACUGUGUACAAUAUGCACCUGGUUUUGUUCUUACCAUCUGAAUAAAAGAUAAUAUAACAUUGAUUGAUUGA